GUCCCACCAGAGGUUCAAAGUGCCAGGCACCUCUCGGGUGCCAACUAUACGACUUUCACACUCUGACCCGAUCUACCUCACUAUCACGUCGUUGUAAACAGGGGGCAUACUACUGAGCUCAGCGUUGCGACCGCAAGCGGACCCCUUGGGUUUUCAAACCUGUUGACAGUCGACCUCUCUCCUUUUUGCCCUUAUUAAUCACAAGUUUCUAUUUUAGCUAUGCGCAAAGUCUAACUUUAGUCUUGGAAGCUGUGCCUUGUUCUCAGUGUCGUUUAUAUUAGUAUGGAAUUAGCUUUCAGAAACACAGUUAAUGUCGCAGUUAUUCUGGGAUGUGUAAUCAUCUCCAGUAACUCAUGUCCAGUCGGAGCCUACCUCUACAAUAAUCGCUAUGCUGGAGAUCAAGUUAUUAGAGUGACCCCGGUCAGUAAUGGAGAAGUCGAGGAGCUGAGGAGGCUAUUUGCAAAUUUGACGGUGGACCUCUGGAGGCCCAACAGCGCAGCUCUGAUCCGGGAGGGCGGCGACGUGGACCUGCACGUGGGGCGGAACCACACGCGAGGCCUCAGGGCCGGCCUUCAGCGGGCGCACAUCCGCCACAAGGUUCUUAUUUCCAAUCUUCAGAGUGAAAUCGAAAAGCAAACAGGAUAUAGAUCCUCCAGGAAGCGACGUUCAGAAUUCCAGUAUGACUACGAGGUGUACCACUCUCUGGAAGAGAUCCAGAGCUGGAUGUAUGAAAUGAACAGGACCCACCCGCACCUAGUGGACAUGUUCUCCAUCGGCAGGUCUUUUGAAGGAAGGCCUCUCUACAUCCUUCAGCUAGGAAAGAGAACUCGCUCCUACAAGAAGGCCGUGUGGAUCGACUGCGGGGUCCACGCCCGGGAGUGGAUUGGACCGGCCUUCUGCCAGUGGUUUGUGAAAGAGGCACUGCACUCAUAUAAGUACGACUCCGUAAUGAGAAGACUAAUGAAUCAGCUCAACUUCUACAUCAUGCCUGUCUUCAACGUCGAUGGCUACCAUUACAGCUGGACAACGGACCGUUUCUGGAGGAAAACGCGCUCUAAAAAUGCCAAGUAUCAGUGCCGAGGGGUGGAUGCCAACAGAAACUGGAAAGUGAAGUGGUGUGAUGAAGGAGCCUCUUCCCACCCCUGUGACGACACCUACUGCGGGCCCUUCCCCGAGUCCGAGCCCGAAGUGAAGGCCGUCGCCAAGUUCCUGCGCAAACACCGCAAGCGCGUCAGAGCCUACAUCUCCAUCCACGCCUACGCCCAAAUGCUCCUCUACCCCUACUCCUAUAAGUACGCCACCAUUCCCAACUUCAGCUGCGUGGAAUCAGCUGCUCAGAAUGCUGUUACCGCACUGUACUCGGCUUAUGGUGUGAGGUACCGGUAUGGACCUGCCUCUACCACCCUCUACGUGAGUUCUGGGAGCUCCAUGGACUGGGCCUACAAGAACGGCAUCCCCUACGCCUUCGCCUUCGAGCUGCGCGACACCGGCUACUUCGGCUUCCUGCUGCCCGAGACCCUGAUCAACCCCACCUGCACGGAGACCACGAGGGCGGUGAAGACCAUCGCCUCGGGCCUGCUCAAGAAGUGCCCGGUGUGAGGACUGGGCUCUGGUUCUCUCUCUCUCUCUCUCUCUCUCUCUCUCUCACCACCGCGGCACCAACCGGCACACCGGCAGUAUCCCUCCUGAUGCCACUUACAGGCCAAGAAAAGGGAGCAGUCUACCCGAACAGCGCUGUAGUGCACGCAUUGCUUAAUUCACCCGUAGGUAUAUUGUAAGAAUUAACUACCCUAUUGUAACAUUUGAGGCUUUUUUAAUGAGAUCAGCCUAAUUUCAGGAAAUGAAUAUGUGUAUGUAUACAUACUAUAUCUGUAUGUAUGCAUGAUUUAUAUAUGCAUACAUAUAUGUACAAGUAUGUUUAUUUUGGUGGUGGGAUAACACGCCAGGCACUGACUUACAGAUUACUUUACAGACGUUGUUAACCGACAUAAACACAUACACUUGGGUUUUGUUUAUAUGUUAUAGCUGUUUUUGUAUAGGGGCCAAUUGCAGUAACUGAUUAUGUAAGGCCUCAGUCUAUUUAUAUGUAAUUAAAUUAAGGCUCUUAAUGAAAAAAUUGUAAAGGUCAGAGUUGGCAAUGAAAUUCAGAAGAUAGGAUUCUGACCUUUCCCAUCACAUUUAUUAGCAGUAGCAACUCAGUACCCAUGGGACAUUUCACUACAUACAAAAGGAAAACUCAAGCACUUGAAACAUAGUCUCAGCUUAAUUUGCUGUUUUUGCAUACAGAUCUAUUUUCAGAUUGGAUAUCACUUUUUUAAAGUGCUACAUCCAUCUCAUAUGCAAGCCUUUCAUUACUGAAUAGACAAAAUGUCAAAAAUCUCAUAACCUGAUUUGCCAUGAGCCAGUAGCGAGAUUAAAGGUGACAUAAAUGCACCCCGCCCAUUCUCGGUGGAGGCUGCUGGAAGACUCUUUUGGCUUCUUUUGGUGGUGCAGCAUAAAACAAAGCAAUGCAGCCCGAGAUAUGUUUCAUUUUACUCUUUCUCUCGUUCAUUAUUUUAUUGUAGUCCACAUCAUUUUCCUAGGUGCCUUUUUUGUUCUUUUGUUGCAUUGUUGUAAAGUAUGUACAACCCAGUCUGAUUUUGUUGAAUCUUGCUAGCCUACUGAGGCAAUUGAAAUUGAAGGCACUCAGUUUCCUUAAUUUGGCAUUUGUCUUUGUUAAGACAAAUUCUGAGUUUGAAUUGUGUGCACUGAUCAUUUUGAGAGGAAAAAAUAGUGCUUUACAGUAAUGACCACUGCAAACAACAGUGUGUUUGACAGGUAAAGGUCAGAACUGAAUAAUGUGGAAGACUCUUCAUUACAAUGGGAGCGUUCUGUGCCCUCUCUGUAGAGCAGCUUAAUUACUAUGCAGUGAUUGCAGAAGUCUACUGAUUUCCCUCAGCCAUAGACUCUAGUCAUAAUCCUAAUAGCCCUCUCCCCACACUUCAGCAGUCAGUUCUGCUCAGUCUACUCUCUCCUCCUAUAGCAGCAAUAGACCCUGUUCAGACUACUCUCUCCUCCUAUAGCAGCAAUAGACCCUGUUCAGUCUACUCUCUCCUCCUAUAGCAGCAAUAGACCCUGUUCAGACUACUCUCUCCUCCUAUAGCAGCAAUAGACCCUGUUCAGUCUACUCUCUCCUCCUAUAGCAGCAAUAGACCCUGUUCAGGCUACUUUCUCCUCCUAUAUCAGCAAUAGUCCCUAGUCAUGAUACUCCCUCCUGACUCAACGAUUCAAGAAUAAACCUUUCUCGGACUACUGUAUCCCCCUGCCUAAAUAAUAGGCCCUCCUCUGAGUACUCAAUCUUCCUAUCUCAGUAAUGCUGCCUACUCUGAAUACUCAAAUCCCCUUGUCCCACUAAGAGAGCCUAACACUCAUAAUACUUCUUCUCACACUGCUUCCUUCCAUAAAGCUCAGGGCAGUAGGUGAACACAAGGCUCUACAGACUUAGAAAAGUGUCCUGGCUUCUCUAUUAGUGGGGAGCUGCAUGAAUCUUGAGCUGCCAGUGCAGUGUCAAGCAUAACAGUGACAAGCAGGUCACACACAGAUAAGCUUGCACAGAAAAAUGAAGUUAAUUGUGGGCAGUAUGACUUCCAAAGAGACUAUUAAUGUUGAGCUUGUCAAGAUAUUAAGUAUCUUGGGGCACAAACGCAGAACACACAAACUAUCCCCUUCAAUUCCACUUUCCUUAGUGUUAAGGGGGGUACAUUUCAGUAGAAUUUCUAACAAUGUGAAAAUGUUUACAAAAGAUAUGGGGCUAUUUCACUAGUGCAUAGUAUACAUUUUAAAAGCAGUAUCACAGGCAUUUACAAAUUAUGUUUCAGUGGAUCUCCAAAGGUGCUAAGCUGUACAUUUGUAUUCAGUCAUAUGAAUAAGCAUUGUUUUGUAUCUGGUAUUUAUUUUAUUUCAUGAUUUUACAGCUACAAUUGUUGUUAACAGGGGCAUUGAACAGUGUAUUUUUGAUGAAAGUAAAGUUUUAUACAUUUUUACUACAUUUCCUGGUUCUCAUGUAUAACCUUCUUGUUGAAAUGUGGAAUAGAAUCACAAGCUAGAAAAGACACAUAUAGCCUUAUUUUUAAAAUUACUAUUUUACCUUUAUUAAAACAGGUAGGUCACCUCAGAAUUGAAUCCUCAUUUGCAGUUAUGACCUGAAGAAUCAAUGGGGGUAGUGAAUGCAAGAUAAUUUGUAUAAUAAUUUUUGACAGUGUGACUGAGAUUUCAAAAAGAACUGAUCGUCACAACAUUGGACUGGCGCCCACUGGAGGACGUGCAGUGAAACUUCUAAAACUUUUUCUUCCAUACAUCACCCCUGUCUUCAUCUGUCACUCACUAAGGAUAGGCUUUCACCCGUCCAAAUCCAUAAGAGUAAACUAAUUCAGGGGUAUGUGAAAUGCACGUGUCCAUUUCUAUGCCUAAAGGGAAACCUGCACACUCACACAAUCCUAAUCAGACCUGCAGCUUUAGGAGAGGCUGACAUGUGAAAACUUUUACGGUGUAUUCAUCAGAAGCAUAUUUCCAGUCUGACAGAAGCUUGCGCUUGCUUUUAUUGUCCCUGACACCACAAUAUGGAAUACACUAAGUGUGUCUGCUCUCUGCAGCACGUAUAACACUGACAUUUCCCACAAAGCACACGUAGCCUGGCCUAUAGCUGUUCCAAUAUCUCAAUGAAUUAUUUUUCAUUCCAGUGACAAAUUAUAUUUCUGGCAGUCACAAUCUUCAGUAAAUAUCUGCAUGGCAGGUGCUUGUGCUUGCAAUGGCACACCUGAAGCGCAAUGGCUUCCUCUGGAGCUAAAUUAAGACUUUCUGACUUUUUCACAUUCUAAACAUGUCACAGGGAACAGAUCCAUAUAUCUCAACAGAGUGCGGAGAGAAACCUUGCGCAAAGUCAAUCUCUUGUUUUCUGUGGAGAGAUAACAGCCUGUUGUUAGAGGUAGUUGUCAACCAUUUACUAUCUUAACUGCUUUUUCUUUAUUUGGGAUAUUUUACAGACAGUCAUUGUCUGCCAGUCCGUGCUUUUUUCACACACUGCAGACAAGAUAAAAUGCCUGAAUAAGUUUCCCCAUUCUAAAAUGUGACUGCCUAUAUCAUUUUAAUGAGCCAGUAUACCAUAUAGUUUGAUCAGAUCACGCUCAGUGCUAUAUGUUGAGGUAGAUGCCUUCCAGAAUUCUAGAACAGGGUGUUCAUCCUGUUUAGACUUGCAUCAUUGUAAGAUGCUCUUGAAUUAAAACUAAAUUCAAGUGAGUAGAUAAAACUGGCUCAAAUACAGCUGCCCCAGAAUGAAUGGACAAUAUGCUUUCUCAGAAAAGAAUCUACAGAACUGCUUGAAUUAUGUUCUGAUUUUCUCAUUGGGAAGAAAUCAUGAUUUCCUGCCGUUGAUUAAGACUGUUGUGGUGAACUAACAGCCACACCUUGGGACAGCAACGACCAAGUGUAAAAAAACAAAAACAAAUGUAACUUUCCAGUAGUUACUGGUACACUAUAUGACCAAAAGUAUCUGGACACCCUAUGGGGCUAGGGCAGUUUUUCAUGAUCUGGGCUAAGCCCCUUAGAUCCAGUGAAGGCAGAUCAUAAUGCUACAGCAUGUAAUCACAUUCUAGAUGAAUCUGCGCUUCCCUAUCAGUCUGGGGAAGGCUCUUACCUGUUUCGGCAUCACAAUGUCCCUGGACACACAGUGAGGACCAUAUAGAAAUGUUUUUUUUUUGCCGAGAACGGUGUGGAAGAACUUGACUGGCCUGCACAGAGCCCUGACCUCAACCCAAUCCAACACCUGGGGUCAAUUGUUAAGCCAACUGCAAGCUCCAACAUCUAGUAUAAAGCCUUUCCAGAAGAGUGGAGAUUGUUAAAGCAGCAAAGGGUGGACCAACUCCAUAUUAAUACCCAUCAUUUUGGAUGAGAUGUUGGAUGCCAGGUGUCCACAUACUAUUGGCCACGUAGUGUAGUGUAUCAUCCACGCUGCCCUGCUAUGUGAUCAACCAGUUUGGUUUGAGCUUUGUGUGCUUAGCUAUUGCUACUCUUUUAGGAUUAUGAUAUAAUCUGCAAGACCCCUGUGAAGUUGCCUUAAGUCUUGUCAAAGAUUAUGGGAGCCCAGUUAUAAUGGACUGCAUCUAGGUUAUGACUACUGAUGCAUCACUUGCUAACAGUCAAGAUCCAGCAAUGUGACCAAUGAGGUCCCAGUAAGGGAAUUCCUGUCACAGCAAGCUAGAAUGCAGAAGUCAAAUUAAAAGCAUGUCACACAUAUUUCCUUCUCCUAAAGCUUGACUUCAGUGCUCUUGUGAUUUGUGUGUCUGAGCGGAUGUUUAAAAGUUGUGAAUCCCUCCAUUAACUUUUAAAAUGCUAUCUCUGGGGUUGCCUAUUGACUAACUAGUAACGGCAUUCAUCAAAAGAGCAGUUUGUGUCAUUUAGGUGAAUAUGACUUGGAGUCCAUAAGGGUAGGGCACAAAUAGUCUAUAGCCUACUGCAACUAUUGUUGCCAGUAUGAGAUUCUCCAGUCCCCCCUCCUAUCUGUGCACAGUUAGUGACUCCAGAUAGUAGAGUAAAGAGGGAAAAUAUAUUUUUUUAAACUGGUAUCUCUACUUGAGACUCAAAAUUAUUGAAAAUGAUUGAAGUUAUAGCCCUGUGAGAGUCUACUUCAAAUCACAGAACCUGCCCUGAGAGCUGACCUUUUGAGCCAUCCAGAUUCUAACCAACACCAAAAAGAAAGACAGUCCAUGAGCUCUGACAAUUACUGUGGGUGCUUGCUGUUAAUGGAAUUUCUCCAAAAUCACACUGGAGUGCCGCCCUAGUUGAACUUCCUUAUAUCAUUUCCUCUCAUUCUCUCAGCAAGCACGCAGUUUUACAACAAGCACGCAGAACACAGGAAGUAUCAAUUUACCAAUAGCUUUUUUCAGACAGUAGCCUGGACCUGCUUAAUAUAACAACACUGAAAUAUUACUGUGUGAGGUGGAUAUUUUCCCCUUUCCUUUUGACUAAUUAAUUUUCCACUUUUACUAUGCUUCCAUAUAUAGGCCUAUAUCAUUUCUGCAGAAAAAAAAUAAAACAAGCAACAUGCCUAAUACACCACACUGGAAUUCUUAGUAAAAACAAGCAGAUAAUACAAUAAAUUUACUAAUGAGAUUCAAUACACAUAGAGCCAGGUCAUUUGUGUUAAUGGCCCAUGGAGUGAGAAAAUGAUGGUCUCUUCAUUUUACAGCAAUCAAAUUGUAGGUUAAACAUAACACAAUAUUCUCUGAUUUAAUGAUAUUUUGCAAUUUGUUAGCUUUAUAUUGUGGUCAUUUAACAGUGGAAUGUUUAAACACAAUCUUUAAACGCAUGAAUUUACAAGAUACACUACUAAUGUUCUUACACAGAAAAUAAUUAGGCACUGCAGAAUAUGGGCAGUAAUAUACUAAAUUGACUUCUUUACUUACAACCAUAGUGAAUAACAUAACCCUGAAGUAUCUGACAAAACAUUAAGAACUUUAAUAAUUUAAAUCCAAGUGUGUGUGUUUUUGUGUGCGUGUGCAUGUUAUGUUUGUUAUCUCAGUUAAAAAAAGAUAUGAUAUGAUUCUUGUCAAAAUAUUCAGAUAUCAUGCCUAUAAUAAAAUAUGUGGACAAG